AAAAACUGAAGUAUAUAGAUUUUUGUGACAGUGGAAGUCGAUAGUUACCCCUUUUCAAAAUGGAAGGGUCCAGCAGGAAAUUAAAUCAAAUCAAACUUCUCUUUCAAAUUAUGUGACUUGACUGGACUUGUAACUAAACAAUGUCGUCAUCGAUCGUUAAUAUAUGUGAACAAACACGCCACAGACAUAGGGAAAGUUAGCAAUGACUGAACAGACCCGCACAACUGACUGAUAUUCCGCUCGUUCUAAUUUUGUCAGGGACAUUUAGGUCCGUCGUUGAGCUUUCAUUGUUCCAAGUUGAACGUGGUCAAGUGGCCCGACAGGCCUUCGUCGUUGCCUGUAAUUCUUAACCCCUGGCUAACCAACGACUACACAAGACAUCAUGAAUUAUCAGGGAACUAUAACUGAAGGGGAACAGUUCGACAGAGAGCAAGAUGCGAUGAUACUGCACAAGGCCAUGUCUGGAAUAGGUACUGAUGAUAAAGCCAUUAUUGAUGUAUUGGCGUCCCGAUCCAACGCACAGCGCCAGCACAUACGGGCAUACUACAAGACGGCAUUCGGCCGGGAGCUUACAGAGCAUCUGCAAAGCAAACUGAGUUGCAAUUAUCGACGUACAGUUCGUGCAUUGAUGGACCCACCUGUUGAAUAUUACGCACGCUGUCUGUACGAAGCCAUAAAGGGACUAGGAACGGACGAGGAGGCACUCGUCGAAGUUCUCUGCACGAAGGAUAAUGAGGAAAUAAAGGAAAUCAAAGUCCAUUACAAAAAUGCUUACAAACGUGACUUGGAGGAGGAUGUUGCCGGGGAUACCAGUGGACAUUUUAGACGGCUGAUGUUAUCUAUGUGCUCGGCUGGCAGAGACGAAAAUAGAUCAGUGGACCAAGAAAAAGCAAAGGCUGACGCCCAAGCAAUUUUUGACGCCGGUGAGGCACGCUGGGGUACAGAUGAGGCCGUCUUUAACCGUAUCCUGGCAACGCAAAGCUAUGCCCAACUUCGCGCCAUCUUUGAUGAGUACGACAAGAUCUCUGACAAGGGUAUAGAGGGCGCUAUCAUCAGUGAGACAUCCGGGGACUUACAGGAUGGCUUCCUCUCUCUCGUAAAGAGCGUUCGUGACACUCAGUCCUUCUUUGCCGAGCGACUGUACAAGUCUAUGAAGGGAUUAGGCACCAAUGAUGAGAUGCUAAUCCGAUGCGUUGUUUCCCGAGCUGAGAUCGACCUCGCCAAAAUUAAAGAGAUUUUCCUGGCCAAUUACGGGCAGUCGCUGGGUCAAUUCAUCAAAGACGACACGAGCGGAGCUUACAGGGAUCUGCUUCUCCGGAUAGUGGACGGUGAUACAUGCCACCCAAGUUCUUAAAAUUUAAUCUAAAAAUGCAAAUGUUAACAAGAAAAAUCCUCAUCGCAAAAAAAAGAGGCUAUUGAUUUUGUGUGUGCAAUCCUUGACAUUUGUUGGCAACAAUUUAGCUGAGGUGUGAGGAACCAUAAAGCUCUUUUGCCAAAUAUUCUUGGAAAACAUUUACAAGACCAAACAGUCUUGAGUUCGCAAAAUGGUCGAAAAAAUGUCGGAGAUGCCAGUGCAUUGGUAUUACUUGGAGACAUAAUGAACGGAUUUCCGACAUUUUGGGGCGCACAGUAUAACAAAAAUAGUGAGGCUGGAUUUUUAUUUUGUUGUUAUCCUACAUACAGUCAUUGUCUUUGUGAUGCACCUCGAUAUAACAUUCCGUUAUUCAUUAAACACUCGACACAUCUAAUAUGAUUUAAGAACUAGGUAAGUUUAUAUUGCAAAUAAAAACUUUACAGUUAAAACAAACAGUUUGUAGAAGAAAAUUCACCAUUUUCAUGUAAUUACGUUUAUGUAUUAAAUAAAGAAAUGUAAUUAUGCAAAACACUCCCUAGAAAUCCAAUAAAAUGGUUGACCUUUUUCUCGGAGUAGGAUAAUAAACGUCAUUUUUGAUUGACAACGUUCAGGCGUUUUAGGUGUUUAUGGGAAGUAUAAACUUGAACGUAAAUAGGCUUUGCGGAAAAAUGAAAAUAUUUGUUAAAUAUUAAAUGAUGGUAUGGGUUUGUAUAAGUUUUGCCUACUCCAUGCAUAUUUUAAACCUUUCUGUUUCACUAAAUUAGAUUAUAAUGUACUCCUAUUGAGUUCAAGAUGAUUUCUUGUUUAAUUCCCUUUGAUAGCAAAGACUCUCGGACCUAUGAAAGACUCGUAUUUGCACGUGUAGAAUUAUAUUAACAAAAUGAAAUGGUGUAAUAAAAAAUAGGAUAUGUAUAAAAAAAUAAUCGAUUAUACAAUGUAGUCCAACGGCUAUGAUAUAGUAACUGUAAUAUCCAGGAACUGACAAAUCAUUAAAAACAAAUACUGAAAACCCUGUGAAAUCCACAAAAUUUACCGAACUGCAAAUGAAAGUGGAAAUAAAAGUAAUGAAUAUUGCUAUACAAA